CCCUACACCUCAGCAAUGCAUUCACAGCUUUAUCAAGCGCGGGCUGGGGUGGACAUCUCCAGGGCGACGCGCCGCCUGCGAAACCCUAGCAGUGAAGCUGUUGCGGAGGUAAGCUCCGUUUGGCCGAGCCAUUUUCCUGGCCCAUCUCUCCAACUACUUCCGCUUUUGCUCCCCUCCCUCGCCAGCUGCGACGUCUCUGCCAUCAUGAACCGGGAGAAGCUCAUGAAGAUGGCCAGUGCCGUGCGCACUGGCGGAAAGGGCAGUGUUAGAAGGAAACACAAAGCGGUUCAUAAAACUACCACUACUGAUGACAAGAGGUUACAAAAUACUUUGAAGAGGCUUGGAGUAAAUACCAUUCCUGGUAUUGAAGAGGUCAAUGUCUUCAAGGAAGAACAUGUUAUCCAUUUUGUCAACCCUAAAGUGCAAGCUUCCAUCGCUGCCAACACAUGGGUUGUAAGUGGACCAUCACAGACCAAGAAGCUCGAGGAUCUCUUGCCAAGCAUCAUCAACCAGCUCGGCCCUGACAACUUGGUGAAUCUGAAGAAGAUCGCCCAGCAGUACCAGAGGCAAGAAGCUUCCCGUGCUGCAGAGGAGGAAGAUGAUGUCCCUGAACUCGUGGAGGGAGAGACAUUUGAGGAUGCUGCCAAAUAGGAAUCUGAAACCGCCUAGGCCACUUCUGUAUUUGUUUUUACAAAAUAUCGGUAACGAUGUUUCACGUCUUUGUUCUCUGGGUCUUUUGGUUCUUGAAGCAAUUAUCAUUUUGAAUCUUGUUUAGCCUCUGUGCAGUGAGCUCGAGUUAUAUGUAACGAAUAUUACUUCUUACAUAAUUUUUGUGCCUUUUAGUUUUUUUCUUGUUGAUAUGAAAGUUCAGCCGUUCUUAUGCUUUCACGAUAUUAUCAAUACAGUUACUUUGUUGUGUUUCCA